GUGGACGACUCCCAUUGUUAGGGCGGAGAGACAUGCAUCUUGUGAGAAUAUUCAUCAUCUUUGGUCAAGCACAGCAGCGAUGGGAAAACUGCCUUGGCUGGAAACAAUCUAUUUGUCAGUGAAUAAUACAAAACCCAAAGUAAGGUAUUAUGACGAACAGGGUUGAAAAAGUAUCACCCUGUUUUCUUGACCUGUCAGCACGCGACAUGUGACCAAUUGCAGCCACACGGAACUUGCUAGUAAGCCUGCUUGUAAAGUGUGUCUCCUAUGUCAGCAGUGUGUUGGCUUAGGGUAGGUCAGUCUGCUAUGCCCCCCUGCAAGAGAGGAGACCGACAGUGAGUGUGGUGGCCCGCUGCGUUGUUGGACUGUGUGGGUUAAUGAUUGAGUGCUGCCAGCAGGGACUAACCUCAGCUGCCACACAGGGACUAGCCUAACCACACAGGCAGGCAUUGACCACCGUUGAAGUCUGCCAUCACUGUUCAUUUAUUCCUAUAACCAUGGCUGACAGCAACACCAUCAGGCUCCGAGUCUUCUCCCUCAACUGCUGGGGUAUCCGUUACCUCAGCAAGCACUGUCGGGAGCGCUACGCCAUGAUCGGAGAGCUUUUGAGCAGAGAGGAGCACGAUAUUGUCCUGCUGCAAGAGGUCUGGAGUGAAAAAGACUUCCUCUGCUUGAAAAGGAAACUUUCCUCUACCCAUCCACACUCUCAUUACUUCAAAAGUGGAGUCAUAGGCAGUGGAAUGGCCACGUUCUCCAGACAUAGAAUCCAUGACGCAUUUCUCUACCGCUAUUCAUUAAACGGCUACCCAUACAUGGCCCACCAUGGAGACUGGUUUGGAGGCAAGGCUGUGGGGAUGGUCAUAUUAAACAUAGGCAGACUGGCAGCACACGUCUUCGUCACACAUCUGCAUGCAGAAUACUGCAGGGAGAAAGACUCCUACUUACCUCAUAGAGUGGUACAGGCCUGGGAGCUGCAGCAGUUUAUUCGUCAUACCUCCAGUGGAGCAGACCUGGUGAUUUUGGCCGGAGAUCUGAACCUGCAUCCCCAGGACCUUGGCAACCGGUUGCUACGGACAUACACUGGCCUCCGGGACAGUUACACAGAGACUGCUAAGUUUGAUGGCUGUGAGGACGGCAUCACUCUUAUAGCAGAUAACCCUUUCAUCAAUCCCAAAGAGCUCUGCCCCUUCGAGAAGGGCAUCAGAAUAGAUUACAUCCUCUACAAGGGGUCAGGAAGAGUGUCCAUCCAGUGUGAGUCUCUGUCAACCACCAAGGGUUCUGUCCCUGACCAUCCCUUCCCUUACUCUGACCACGAGGCCCUUAGCGCAGACCUGCAGCUGCAGACUCUGACCCAACAGGCAGGAGGAGAUGAGACCAGAGGUGAGCAGGACUGUGCUGCAGGUAAGCUGGCUGAGCUGGUGGACAUUGUGACGGAGGCCCGUACUGAGGUGAAGGUGGGCCUGUACUGUGCUGAGAGGAUGCGCUACACGGCAGCUCGUACCGGGGUGAUGGGCAUGGCCCUGCUGCUGUUGGAGCUGGCCAUCGCUGCUGUUCCCUGGCUAGCCCUGAGAGCUGACCAGCCCUUCCCCCGGGCCUCCUUUUACCUAUUGGGGGUGCUGUGCUUUGCCAUCCUGAUCACCACCUUCCUGCUCUACAUCUUCUACUCCAUGGAGGUGAAGGCUCUACAGGGGGCAGAGGACCAGAUGAGGCUGGCUGUGGGGAGCCUCCAGGAAAGGCUGAGGGGAUUCCCCCUUGCCCAGCCUCUGAACCGCCUCUGUAGGCCACUGGACGGACAGGACCCCUGCCCUCUGGAGCCAGAGGAAUAGAGGCAGGAGGAGGGUGGGGGUAUAAAAUGAACUGUGAGGAACUGAUCUUAAAGAUGGAAUCUGCUGUAGGGGAAAUAAUGCCCCAUGGCUGUUUUUGUUGAUGAAGCAGCGGUGGGGAGCGUCGAGGAUUAAGAUCAAAUAAAUGACAGUACAUAUGCAGCUGUUCUAUCGCUUAGCGAAUGAUGUCCGAUGGGGGAAAAGUGUUUGCAGUUACUUAUUUGCUGUUGUAAUAUUGCAAACGGACGUGGCAGUUUCACCUUUAAGGAUACCAGCUUUAAAGAGGUCCUGGGACUGUCUGCAUCGACUGAAUGUACUUUAUGCUAUUGAGGAUUCACUGCAGUAGAAGCAUGCAGCAUAAGGUUUGACUUAAUGACUUGAAACCAGAAGAAAAGGACAUUUCUUGAAGUGGUUUUGCUCAUGUGCUUAGCUGCUAUGUUUUGUUUAGUUUUAACUUUGUCCAUCUGUAAAUUCCACUCGGCAAUCUUUGGAUUGCUUACUUACUCAUCUUCAUUCUCGAACAAUGACAGCUUCUCGUGACAAUUGGCCAUGAGACAAUCAGGUGAUAAACACAUUCUUAACGUACAUCUUUCCUAUAGUCCAGACUUGAGGAUUGCAUUGGCACUAGGAGGUUCCUCAGGUCUGGCUUGCAUUCCACCACUCAGGGUCUUGGUGGGACCAAUUCUUUCCUCUGUUUCAUGACUUCCUUUUACAGUGUAUAGCAGCUUAGAGCCUCUUUAGCACAACUCGGGGACGAUGUAUGACGUCUGCUUUUAGUUGGAGCCAUGUUUUGUUCAGUUGUUGUGAAUGUUACACUAAGUUCCAAAUUGACCCCCCCCUAGCCCUUACACCCUAGGCACUCCUGGAGAUCUGAAAGGCUUGGAUAGGUGGAUGCAUUGCUGUCGUAGCUUUGUCUACUGAUUGGAUGGGUGGAACUAUUACCAUAUUGCUUCCACCUAUCCAAAUCCUCUCAGAUCAGCAGGAGUGUCUAAGGAGUAGUCUUAAGGAUCCAUUUGGAAUUCAGCAUCCGAGUGCCCUGCAGGACAAGAGCUCCUGUGACAUGGCCAGUUUCAAAUGGACUGUGGGGUGACAAAGCACAGUUCCCCCUCUUGAGCUGUACAUUAGGCUUUUAUUUCGUAGACGUGUUGGGAGGAGAUGAUCAGAUCUCUUGAGUGGUGGCUGCACUGUCCCAAAGAGAGAGAUUUGAACGCAUUCGCUUGUCUUGUGUAGUGUUUUUAGAAACUGUUGAUUUUAAUCAUAGUCAUUUGCUCUAAUGAUUUUUAUUUAUGACAUUAACAAAUAAUUUUGGUAACCAAUCAAGGCACACUUGUAAAGAGUCAUUUAGAGUUGAGAAGAUCAAGUUGUUUGGGUACCUGCACUUGAUUAGCAAGAUAAAGCUUUUAAUGUACCUACCUUGUAAUUGAAUGUACUGUAAAACGAAGGCCAGUGCAACCAUUGCUGCAUAUGCAGAGAUUGUCAAUUUAAAAGCACAGAACUGUAACCCUGUCCUGCUUCUUUCAGGGGUUCAGUUUAGUGCAAUUAAUGAUGGGAAAAGACUGAAUCAUUUGUUUUUUUUAUAUUACACAUAGAUACAUUCAAUUAUCAUCAUAAAUGUGGGUUAGUUAAAUGUAUCUCGUCACUCCUUUGAAUCAUCUUGGUUAAAAUGGAACUCUAGCUAAUAUUGUGUAGUUACUAACAAUCCAUGGUAACAUUUCAGGCAGUAUUCAAUCCACUUGAUUAUAUGGAUUGUUAUUGACAAUUUGAAGGACAUGAUUGUAAAGUACAUAAUAAACAGUCUAUACUAAUA